AUGCUGAUGGUGUUUUCGACCUUUUCCAUCUUGGGUGAGUACUUAUAUACGCGUAUAAGUCCACUAGCACUGUUAAUUUUGGUGUAUAUGACCCGACACCAUCAUAGGCAUAUGCGACAGCUCGAACAGGCGAAGAAAGCCUUUCCGAACACCUACCUCCUUGUCGGGAUCCCCAACGAUAUAGAAACCCACAAAAGAAAGGGCUUGACUGUCCUGACUGAUAAAGAGAGAGCGGAGACUUUGCGGCAUUGUAAAUGGGUGGAUGAAGUCAUCGAGGACGCCCCUUGGAUAGUAACCCCCAGUUUUCUGGAGAAACACGCUAUCGAUUACGUUGCGCACGAUGACGAGCCCUAUGCCGGAGCUGACACGGACGAUAUAUAUAAACCUUGCAAAGAGGCAGGGAAGUUUCUGGUCACCCAACGGACGGAAGGAAUUUCAACGACGUACAUUAUAACAAAGAUAGUACGGGAUUAUGACAAAUAUAUUACAAGGCAGCUGAGAAGAGGCACCCCGCGGCAGGAUCUCAAUGUAUCAUGGUUGAAGAAAAACGAGCUUGACAUAAAACGGCAUGCGGUUGAACUCCGCGAUUCCAUCAAAACAAAUUGGACAACCACGGGAAGAGAACUAAGGGGUGAAAUUGGAAAAUUCUGGUCGCCGCAGCCGCAAACUCUCCCCGCACUUUCGAUCCCUGAUAAUGCUACUAGCUCUAGCAUCGACCAGAUUGACAUCGGACGUUCCGCAUCCCCGCAUACAGAUUUUGCCACCGGAUACUCUCUAGGGCUCAUAGGAGGUGUUCGAUCCUGGAUGCAGGUACGAUCGAGCAGUAAUCGUGGGUCUAAAGCGACGUCCGCCGAAAACUCGGACCAAAGCGACGAAGAGGACCUCACUAGAAAAUCAAUUUCUCCUACUCGAGAGCAAAUGGAUCAAACAAUAUAG